AACCCGAUCAAUACCAGAUAAUUACAGUUUACAGUCAGUGUCAAAAUCAACACCACGCAAAUGACUUGAACGUGUAAAACAUGAAUUUAAAAAAAAAUGACAAUAGCCGAUGUUCGCAACGCUCGCCAAUAAACAGAUUCCAUUAUUUCGUUGUUCAUUCGCCAACAAGAAGUUUACGGCUCGGCUCUUAGAAUCCUUUUAAUCUUAAAGUCUUAUCAAACUUAUAUCACCGACUAAGCAAUGCGUGAGUGUCUUUCAGUACACAUUGGCCAGGGUGGCGUUCAAAUUGGCAAUGCAUGCUGGGAGUUGUAUUGCCUUGAACAUGGAAUCCAGCCUGAUGGUCAGAUGCCAUCAGAUAAAACAGUCGGUGGUGGAGAUGACAGCUUCAACACCUUCUUCAGCGAAACCGGAGCAGGCAAACACGUACCAAGAGCCGUCUUCAUGGACCUGGAGCCCACCGUCGUCGACGAGGUGCGAACCGGAACCUAUCGCCAACUAUUUCAUCCAGAACAGUUAAUAACCGGAAAGGAAGAUGCGGCAAACAAUUACGCAAGGGGUCACUACACAGUAGGAAAGGAGAUAGUAGACCUGGUUCUGGAUCGUCUACGUAAACUAGCAGACCAGUGCACGGGACUCCAAGGAUUCCUGAUAUUCCACGCCUUCGGUGGCGGCACUGGUUCUGGGUUCACGUCCCUACUAAUGGAGCGCCUGUCCGUGGACUACGGGAAAAAAUCGAAGCUCGAAUUCGCGAUUUAUCCGUCACCUCAAAUUUGUACAGCGAUCGUCGAGCCUUACAAUUCGCUUCUGACGACUCACACGACCCUCGAACAUUCGGAUGCUGCGUUCAUGGUCGACAAUGAGGCUAUUUAUGAUAUCUGUCGACGCAAUCUGGACAUAGAACGUCCAACCUACACGAACCUCAAUCGAUUGAUCGGUCAAAUAGUUUCCUCUAUUACCGCAUCCUUGAGAUUUGACGGUGCACUCAAUGUCGAUCUGACUGAAUUCCAAACUAACCUGGUUCCUUAUCCGCGUAUUCAUUUUCCAUUAGCUACUUAUGCUCCUGUUAUCUCAGCGGAGAAAGCUUAUCACGAGCAGCUUACAGUUGCCGAAUUGACUAAUGCCUGUUUCGAACCAGCAAAUCAGAUGGUCAAGUGCGAUCCACGUCAUGGAAAAUAUAUGGCCUGUUGCAUGCUCUACAGAGGCGACGUCGUGCCUAAGGAUGUGAAUGCUGCUAUAGCCACAAUCAAAACUAAACGGACUAUUCAAUUUGUUGAUUGGUGUCCUACAGGGUUUAAGGUUGGCAUCAACUAUCAACCCCCAACUGUAGUGCCAGGCGGUGAUCUGGCCAAAGUGCAACGAGCGAUUUGCAUGCUGGCCAACACUACAGCUAUCGCUGAUGCGUGGACACGUCUGAAUCACAAAUUCGACGUGAUGUACUCAAAACGCGCCUUCGUUCAUUGGUACGUGGGUGAGGGAAUGGAGGAGGGAGAGUUUUCAGAGGCCAGAGAAGACCUGGCUGCUCUCGAAAAGGACUAUGAGGAAGUUGGCCUAGAUUCUGUCGAAGGGGAAGGGGAAGGUGGCGAGGAGUACUAGGACUAUUCUAGAAUUCGUUAUUUCUCUUGACGUCUCUCUGCUCCUAUAUUAAACUCGUAUCUAGAGCGUACACGAGGACUAAGUAAAUUGUUUUGAGAUGCAAUUUUGGAAUAGCAUUUAAUUGUGUGUUCAUUCCAAAAAUGUAUAAGUGACGAGUCUGAUUCGUUAUAUGCGUUAAUAUUGUAAAAUUUUAACGUGCUCCCACGUUAAUAAAAAAUUAUUUUCAAACGGAUGCACUGU